UUAAGCCUUGCUGAGCGGUCUACGCAGGCGCACUGGGUCGUACCGAAGCCCCGCCCCCUGAACCUGGGUAACGGCGUGCAGAGUUGAGCUUGGCGAGCAGCCGGACAACGAGCGAGUUGGGAUGGCCACCAGCUGGGGAAGCAUCUUGCAGGAUGAGAAGCAGCUGGAAGAGCUGGCAAAGCAGGCCAUAGACCGGGCCCUGGCUGAGGGCAUGUUGCUGAGGUCCGCACAGAACCCCAGCUCCUCCGACGUGGUGACGUAUGCCCCAUUCACGCUCUUCCCCUCACCAGUACCCAGUACUCUGUUGGAGCAGGCCUAUGCUGUGCAGAUGGACUUCAACAUACUGGUGGAUGCUGUGAGCCAGAACUCAGCCUUCCUGGAGCAAACGCUGUCUAGCACCAUCAAAAAGGACGACUACACUGCCCGGCUCUUUGAUAUCUACAAGCAAGUCCUGAAAGAGGGCAUUGCCCAGACCGUGUUCCUGGGCCUGAAUCGCUCAGAUUACAUGUUCCAGUGUGGCACAGACGGCUCCAAAGCCCUAAAGCAGAUUGAGAUCAACACUAUCUCUGCCAGCUUUGGGGGCCUGGCCUCCCGGACUCCAGCUGUGCACCGACACAUUCUCAAUGUCCUAAAUAAGACCAAAGAAGCUUCCAAGAUCCUGUCCAAUAACCCCAGCAAGGGACUGGCCCUGGGGAUCGCCAAAGCCUGGGAGCUCUAUGGCUCAGCUAAUGCCGUGGUGCUACUGAUUGCUCAAGAGAAGGAAAGGAACAUAUUUGACCAGCGUGCCAUAGAGAAUGAGCUGCUAGACCGGAAGAUCCAUGUAGUCCGUGGAAGAUUUGAAGAUGUCUCUGAAAGGGGUUCUCUAGACCAAAACCGAAGGCUGUUUAUGGAUGACCAGGAAGUUGCUGUGGUGUACUUCCGAGAUGGCUACAUGCCCAGUCAGUAUAAUCCACAGAACUGGGAAGCACGCCUGCUGCUAGAGAGAUCACGUGCUGCCAAAUGUCCGGACAUUGCCACACAGCUGGCUGGGACUAAGAAGGUGCAGCAGGAACUGAGCAGGGUGGGUCUGCUGGAAGCACUGCUCCCAGGCCAGCCUGAGGCUGUGGCCCGCCUCCGUGCCACCUUUGCUGGCCUCUAUUCACUCGAUAUGGGUGAAGAAGGGGACCAGGCCAUUGCUGAGGCCCUCGCUGCUCCUGGCCACUUUGUGCUGAAACCCCAGAGAGAGGGCGGAGGUAAUAACUUAUAUGGGGAGGAAAUGGUCCAAGCUCUGGAGCAGCUGAAGGACAGUGAGGAGAGAGCCUCCUACAUCCUCAUGGAGAAGAUUGAACCUGAGCCUUUUGGGAAUUGCUUGCUACGGCCUGGCAGCCCUGCCCAAGUGGUCCAGUGUGUCUCGGAGCUGGGUAUUUUUGGAGUCUAUGUCAGACAGGGAACAACACUGGUGAUGAACAAGCAUGUGGGGCAUCUGCUGCGAACCAAAGCCAUUGAGCAUGCGGAUGGCGGUGUGGCAGCAGGAGUGGCAGUCCUGGACAACCCCUACCCUGUGUGAAGGCUCGAUCUGGACUUCACUCAAGAGACCUUCUGUCCCCUGUACUUGGCACUCCUCCCCUGAGGGGCCACCCCUGUCCCUGUCUUAGGGGAGUUUGUCUCUUCCAUAGACCUCCAAGGGCUUCAGGAAAGGGAAAAUCCAGGGUACCUUCUCUCAGCCUUCCAUCCGAGGACCAGAAAAGCUAUGAUUCCAUUGGAAGAGUUCUGGAGGUCCCCCAGAUCUUUGGAGUGUGAGAAUGGAAGCUGCUUUGAGGCAAAGGCCCAUAAACCCUGCAAAUCUUCAUUGCCCUUACCAGCCUUUCCAGCAGGUUCUAGUGCCUUGACCUGGGGUAGGACUGAGUGACAGGAGGAAGAGGAUAGAAGGGCAUAGACUUCCCCAGCUCUGCCCUAAAUAAAAAACAUGCUGAUUCAAUGA